CACAAGGCACGUGAACACGCCCCGCGCGUCCCGCCUUCUCCUCAGUCGAAUGUGGGAGCUGUCGGGAACACACGGAAUACGGAGGUAACGCGUAGGCAGCAUUUUGUCCCUCUUUCGAGGUGUCCUUCCGUUCGCUGCCGGCCAGACACGGCCACGGAGCUGCUCCUCGGUGACCGCAAGAGAGACCCUCCAGAUGGCGCCGCACUUCCCCCAACUUUUUCUGAUACUUUUCUUAAACUGUGGAACUGCUUUCGCUUCGGACGCAUUCGGAUCAGGUGUGCUUCCUCCACCUCGCAAUGUCUCGCUGAAAAGGGAAAACUACUUCUGCUUGCGACUCUCGUGGACACCACCGGAAGGACUGGAAAACCUCAUGUGUCCAGUGAGCUACACAGUGAAGGAAAAAUCACUACAGGAAGCGGUAUACACAAGGCUUAAUACCUUUUAUAACAAUUGUCUGGGCAUGGAGUCCGGUGUGACAUACACCGUGCAAACCAAGUGUGGAAAUAAGACCGAGAGCGAAGCGAUAGUCCGCAACAUCUCCGCUCCCUCAGCGAAGCUGGUAGAAAACUUCCAGUGCUUUUAUUACAUGUCAGAGGCCAUGAACUGUACGUGGGAACCAAAGGGCACAAGCCUUGAGCUCUUAUACUGGUACGAAGGCCUGCCUGCCCUUAAGCUGUGUACCACAUUCCUGUACCACGGGGAUAUGAAAAUAGGCUGUCACUUAAGUGGAGCAUUUCUCAACCACAGAACUUACACAAGAAAAGUGUUCUUCCUCUUCAGAGGAAAACAUGGCACUUCCACCCUGAACAACUCCUUUGAGAAGUUGAUACAGGAAUCUGUAAAGCCCCCACCCCCACAAAUUAGACUCCAUGAAAACGGGAGCACGCUUUUGGCAAGCUGGGACCCUCCUAAUAUGUUCGACCGCGAAUGUUGGGAUUACGAACUCCGGUACAGGAAAAGUGAUUCUGAGAAGUGGUAUGAGCAUAUUGUUCACAAACAGUCACAGCACUCCUUACUGUUUGAUCGACGCUUUGAGUAUAGGGUGCAAAUCAAGUCAGAGACAGUACGAUGUGGGACUGGUGGCAGCGACUGGAGUCUGGAGGCACACUACGGUCAACAUCAGCCACCAGAUUGGUCUCAGCACGUGGCUUUCAUCGCUAUUCCAAUCCUAGUCACUUUGGUUGUCGUCUUGUCCCUCGUGUUCUUCAAGAGAUUCCGGAAGCUGAUCCUUCCUGAGAUCCCUAACCCUAGGGAUCUGCUGAAGGACUGGUUGAACGACAGUGAAGAAAAGAUGCUGCCGGAACUCCUUGUUCCACAGGAGGAUGUAUGUGCAAAGGUAAAUGUGGUCGAGAAGAGCCAGCCGUUGACCCCAUGAGCACAGGAAUUCCAGGACCAAAGGAGUUGUGUCCACAGCUUUGACUGUGGCAGUGCAUCACCCCAACAUCCCCCACAGAUGGCUAAGCAGCCUGAGUGAUGUCACUCCCUGUGCGGUUUUCUUGCAAAAGACAAGCCUUUGGAGUGAAAAUCCCUGUUCUGUGUUCUACUGUGGACAAACCCCCCGAAUCUUGUCCAAUCCCCCGCAGGGUACCCGUGGAAUGGAGAUGGAUGCUGCAUAGUUUGUGUGUGUGUCUUACAUUGUGUAGUGAGAUGGAAAAAGGAGCGUGAGAAACCAUCCCCCACUUCUCCAGCAUGCUGUGGAAGCAGAGGCAUGUGACAGGAAGUGCUUGUUGAUAAGUACUAGAGAACUGGGAUGUUCUCCUACAUGCCAGUAGAAUUGCUGGAGGUUGAAUGGCAAUGGCCCUCAGAACACUCCCACCCACAGUUACCCAAACAAGAUCUGUAAGUUUACACAGCUAAAGAGAUUGAGAAGAGGCACUGCUCUUCCUGGUGUAGUUGGACUUGUAUACAAGGCACAAUAACCUCAACCUCAAAACAUCUACUGGCCUACUGCAUUGAGUUCCACCUCUUGAGAAGAGACAAAGAUUAAUAGCUAUAUUUCUUUAUUAAAAAGAAAGACUGAUUCCUAGACUGAGUCUCAAGGAGCAUGCUCCUUUUGUUCCAGCAGCAGGUACUGAAUGGAUUUUGUGUAUAUUUUAUGCAAAUGUACCUUCCUCUUUUGUGGCUUACUGCCGCUACUUCACCCAGUGCAUAAAGAGCACCACUUUGCAAAGCCAGGGUUGUAAAUACGUACAUAGUGUGAAUGUCACUGUGCUUUAGUGUGUCUAUGUUGGUACUGUUUGUUCUGUACAAUAAAUACUGAUUUCAUGUACUGUA